AAUCUAUAUGGGAGCAGACAGCUGCGUCUUUCUCAAAAAGAGCUGGCUGGUGGAUUUGAACCACUGACCGUGAGAUGAGCAGUCCAACUCUUCUCUCACCGUGACACCAGGGCUCCUUUUCGAAACCCACUGCCAACGAAAGGAAUUCAGAUUCAGAGCACCCCUAUAUAGGGUUUCGGAGGCUGUAAAUCAUUACAGAACAGUCAACCUCUUCAUCCUCCCUGGGAACAACUGCUGGCUUUGAACUGUUAACCUUGCAGUUAACAAGCACAUGAUACCACCAAGUAUCCUCUCAGAGAAGGCAGCUCCCCUGAAAAUAAUUGGAGCAAGUCAUUUGCAUUCCGGGCUGAGGGAACCACCACUGCUAAGCCCCUGAGGCAGCUUGUUGCCUGGCCAGUGUGGGAAAGGUUGAUAUGGCUGAUCAGAAGGAGCGAGAGGGUGGGAGGACCUGGCCCCUGUAGGACCUCUUUGGCUAAUGAAGUCAGUUGGGCUUUAUAUUAAGGAGCAGGUUGUAUUUCCAGCAGGUGGGGAGGUGUGGUUUGGCUGCAGGGUGAAGGGAACAAGAAGGAUGUGGGCCAGGAGCAGGCUGGUUUAACCUCCGCUGCAGUGGAAGACCAGGUGGAGAAGGGACAGGUCCCAGGCCAUCUCCAAAUGUCCCUUGAACCAAAGUGUAGCCCAGGGGAGUGGGCGUGGCUCUGCACCACUCUGUCUCGCUGCAGCCCAGAGAAGGUCAUGAAGGCCUUGUUCCUCACGGGACUUGGGGCCCUGUUCUUCACCUACUACUGGGAUGACAACUUUGAACCAGCCAGCCUCCAGGGAGCCCUAGUGCUGCUGACAGGGGCCAGUGCGGGCAUUGGGGAGGAGCUGGCUCACCACUACGCCCGCCUGGGCGCCCACGGCCACACCAAGGCCCUUGUCCAGAAGGUGGUAGGGAACUGCCGGAAGCUGGGCGCCCCCGAGGUCUUCUACAUCGCAGCGGACGUGGCCUCCCCUGAAGCGCCCAAGCGCGUGGUGCAGUUUGCCCUGACGAUGCUGGGCGGGCUAGACUACCUCGUGCUGAACCACAUGGGCGCCACCCCGGCAAGCACGCGGACCCACAGCGCCCUGGGGGCUCGCUGGCUCAUGCAGGUGAAUUUCCUGAGCUACGUACAGCUGACUUCCUUGGCGCUGCCGAGCCUGGCGGACAGCAAGGGCACCCUGGUGGUGGUGUCCUCGCUGCUCGGUGCGCGCUCCAGGCCCCGGCUCUUGCAGGGAAGGGGGAGCCUGGUUAGGGAGGGGGUGACGCCUACGGUGGGCUCAGCCGACCAGGAGCCCCGCCAGCCCCGCCCCUCCGCCUCCCUAGGCCGCGUGCCCGCCUCCUUCUCCGCCCCCUACUCAGCGGCCAAGUUCGUGCUGGACGCCUUCUUCGGCUCCCUGCGGCGGGAACUGGACGUGCAGGACGUUAACGUUGCCGUUACGCGGUGCGUCCUGGGCCUCGGGAUCGCGCCUCGGCCACCGAGGGAGUCAGGUGAGGUCCAGCGGGGCCGUCGUGGACCUGGGGAGGUCCAACUGCAAUCCCCACCUCACCCUCCCGUCCCCCAGGGGCAUCACCAGGGCCAGGGCGUGGUCCGUGGCGGCGCCACGCGCGCCUCCUGCGUCUGCUACCCGAGGCGCGUCCACCUGCUGUGCUUACUCCGGGCCUGGCUGCCGCGCCCUCGGGCCUGGUUCAUCCACCCGGACCUCAAGUCACGGCUGCAGCUGCUGCCUGAGCUCCCGGUGUGCCAACUCCCCCAGCUUCCGAAUGGGGGGCGCUCACUACUAAACUAUCCCUGCGAUAAGGACCCACAUGGCGACACCUUUGAGAGGCUGGUCAAACAGAUAUGGAACGCUAAGCGGAACUCCCAGCAUUGGAAUCGGUCACAGCAGCUUGAGAGCACGCUCCAGCCACAUGCUCGGCUUAUCAGGGGCCUCGAGCCUUCCUGCUGUUCCCACCCGCACCCCUCCCUUUGAGGGUGCCGGCUUCCGUUUGCAGAGGAGAAGACUGAAGCCCAGAGGGGCGACUCAUGCUCAUCACCCAGGUCACAGCACACAACCCAUCCUUCCAGCCCGAGCCCGAACUGUCCGAGCCCUGAUUUGUACUCUUUGAAGCUGGCAUGCCUCGACCUCACUGGAUGCCGGUGUAGGCACAAGAGAUAGGAAAGUCGUUUUC